AUGUCAUUCCCAAAACACACCCUCACCCAAACAGCCCCCGGCACCCCUUUCUUUACGCCAGCCCAACAACCCCCCGCCGGGACCCCCCUUUCCUCGCCCACUUCCUCCACAGCCCCGACUCUCUUCACCCCGCUCACCCUACGCUCUCUCACCCUCCAAAAUCGCUUCGCAGUCUCCCCGAUGUGCACCUACUCUGCCGACGGCGCGGGCCGCCUAACCCCUUGGCACGUCGUCCAUCUCGGUGCCUUCGCCCUGCGCGGCGUGCCGCUGACCAUCGUCGAGGCAACCGCCGUCCUGCCCAACGGACGUAUCAGCCCUGAGGAUAGUGGGCUCUGGGAGGAUAGCCAGAUUGAGCCUUUGAAGAGGGUGGUCGAGUUUGUGCACAGCCAGGGGCAGAAAGUCGGCGUGCAGUUGGCCCAUGCGGGGAGGAAGGGGAGUACGCUUGCGCCGUGGCAUGUCCAGGCUGGGAAGGGAGAGGUUGCGGGGAAGGAAGUGGGGGGCUGGCCUGAGGAUUUGUGGGCGCCAAGUGCGUUGAAGUGGGAUGAAGGCUUUCCGGUGCCGAAGGAGAUGGAUAAGGAGGAGAUUGGGAAGUUGGUGGAGGCUUUCAAGGAAGCUGCGAAGAGGGCGGUUAAGGCAGGGGUUGAUGUCAUUGAGAUACAUUCGGCGCAUGGAUAUCUGCUCAGUGAGUUUCUCUCGCCGAUUACGAAUCAGAGGACGGAUGAGUAUGGCGGUCCGAAGUUUGAGAAUCGGGUGAGGACGUUGUUGGAGGUUGUGAGAGCUGUGAGGGGGGUUAUUCCGGAGGGGAUGCCGCUUUUUGUGAGGAUCAGCGCGACGGAGUGGAUGGAGUGGACGGGUCAGCCGUCUUGGGAUCUUGAGCAGAGCAAAAAGCUUGCACUGCUGCUUGCUGAUGAGGGAGUAGAUCUGCUGGAUGUCAGCUCUGGCGGGAAUAACCCCAAGCAGCAGAUCACGUUUCACCCGUACUAUCAGGCCGAUCUGGCGGCUGCGAUCAAGCAGGAGCUGAUAAAACAUGGGAAGGCGGAUAAGAUGAAGAUUGGUGCUGUUGGAGGAGUGACGACGGCUGAGUUGGCUAAAGAGUUUGUGCAAGAGGGAGGGAGAGUCGGGGCUGAUCUGGUGCUGGUGGCCAGACAGUUUCUCAGGGAGCCGGAGUUCGUGCUUAAGACUGCGGCUGAUCUGGGUGUAAAGGUUCAGGGACCAAUUCAGUACCAUCGGGCCCCAAUUGUCAAGACGGAGAAGCUUUGA